AUGGAGAAGUUGCUGUCCUCUCGAAAUUCGCCAGCUGUUGGCGUGUUCGGGUCCUCUGACGGUCACCGUAUCUGUGUGCGCGGAAAACUGGAUUCCUGUGCUUCUGCUUUAGCAUCGACAAGCGAGCGUCCGUCAUCUCUGAAAACCGGGCCAAGAAGUGACUGUUCAUCCCUUUCUUCUUUACGAGAUCGAAGGACCUUGCCUCGGAAUGGCACCUCCACACACUGCCGACCUCCUACGAUAUUCACAGAAAGCAGCUCUCCGCCGACACAGAUGAUGGGUUCCGCUCGCCAGUUGACUUCUUGUGUACAUUUUUCGAUAGGCACAAGAUCCUAUCAUGAACUUGAUUCAUCCUUUUAUGAUUCUUUUCCGCAAGCAGCGUCAAUAUGGAAGGUUAGGCAUCCCGAAUGCAUCGCACCAUUCACCCCGUCGAAAGAGUACAACUGUACACCUGAGAGUGGAAGUCGUUCUUUUUCCUCAGUUCCUCCUCCCCACCAAUUUUUUGCCGGACCACGCAGGUGUCGACCGUAUUUGUCGCAGUGGCGGCUUCACUGUUCGUAUGCAUCCUUCGGUAAACAACUUCGGGGAAAGUACCCAGCCAACAAGCAGGAGGGAAGAAGUGGAAGCUAUGGAGCCACCCCAGCCAAUCCGACGGAUGUUGGCACUGGCGUCGAAAACGGGUGUGGUGACAGAGAAAGCAGCACGAGUGAUGACUCGAACGGUGUUCUUGUUUCCACCACUCCGAGUAUUCCUGGAUAUUCCAUAACGGAAUAUAAAGGGUUCGUGCAAGGGUGUUCAGUACGGUCGCGAGACGUUUUGAGAAUGACCAAGGUCAUCCUCAUGGUUCACCUGGGGGGUGAAAUGGACGACCUCACCACUCUCAUUUCCCGUGUAAAGAGAGAAGCUGUGAACCGCAUGUGCGAGGAGGCUGUCGCUCUGGGAGCCAAUGGUGUGGUGGGAGUACGAAUCGUCAGUAGUGGGACCCACCAGAGAGUGGCGGUGGAAUUCUCUGCCUAUGGCACUGCAGUAACGGUGACGGAGGACGCGUAG